AUGGGGGCGGUCCUUGGGCAGUGCGUCCCUGCGCUGCGCCCGCGGCUGCACCCACGGCUGCUGUCAGCUGUCUUGUGCCUGGUUGUCAGUGGCCUCGCUUCCGCGCAGCUGAGCGACCAGGCUCAAUUUGCAGAAGGCACAGCCCCCUGCGACCUACCAUCGCACUGGUGCGUGGAGGGCCAGCUGAUCCAGAGCGGCGACUACUGCACGGCAUACUGCCCAGCAGGUUUCGCGCCCGAUGUGGAUCGACUCCGUUGCGAGAACGCAGUCUUGGUGCCAAACCUGUACAAAUGCGAGAAGGGAAAGCAGAAGAACUCAGUGGUUUCACUGAUAUCCGCGCUUUUAGCGAUCGGCGUCUGCGGCCUCUUUAUCAUCGGCAUGAUUUGCAGUGACUCCACAACCGGCUCCAAAGAGCGAGAGUCGGCGGUGUACGAGAACCGGGAGGAGGUCGAGGAGUUAGAACCGCUUGCUGGGCCAAUGAGAGGAAGCCCGACAAGCCAGCCGCUGCUGGCAACGGACUUGGACCAGGAGUGA